UUCAAGAAAUAUCUCUGAUUUAACACUAAACUUGGUGAUUCAUCGUUUAUUUGUACAGUUCGGCUGCUGCGCUUUUUCUCUUAUCCUUUCCUCCUUACUUACUCUUCCUCCUUAUCAUUCUUGAGAUGCUAGAAAGACCAGUGUGAGAACAUUCUUGGGCGCAUUUUGUGUCGUUCAGUUCAUGAGUAUCAAAAGGAGAUCGUUCUCCGCAUGAAUUAUAAAACUUUAUAAUUAAUAGGAAACAUGGACAAGCGUGGCUUGGCCGUGAGUGUAAUCAUCAUUAUUUGGGUAUUUCUCCCAUCUACUCAUCAAUACAAAAAAGGUCACGGUUCCGGAUUUAUGUUUAAGUACGAGCCGAAUUAUCGUGAGCGUCGCGAAGCAGAAGGGACUCUUGUCGAUCACAUCAAAAGCGUGAUAAACCACUACAAACGGGAAGAAGCGGCCGGACUCCCAUUCAUUAAGGAUCCUCUCCCAAUUAACUCGUUUCAUCAAAAGUUUUCUGGAAUGACAAUGAAAUUUCAGGACUCGCAAGUUUAUGGCUUCAGUCGGUUCAAAGUGGAGAAAUUGAAUGCAGAUUUGGCCGAGUUGAAGGUCAACAUGAAACUGACAAUUGAUGAGCUGGUGGUACGAGGCAGGUACUUGUUGUCAGCCUGGAUUUCCAAGACCCAAGGGGAUUACAACAUGACUGUUUUCAAUGCCCAACUUGACGUUGACGCCGAAUUGAUGGUUGACGAGCUAGGCUACCUUCAAGUCAGCAAAAUGGAGACGGAUAUUGUAUUCGGAGAUUUGAAAAUCUACUUUGAGAAUUUAGGAUUUCUGGGGAAAAUGUUUCAAGGAAUAGUGAACAAAGUUGGCGUCUUCAUAUUCGAAACAAUGAAGCCCACAAUCUGGAAUGAGGUAGAAGCAAAACUAACUGAAGUCAUGAACAGCGAAUCAAGAGACAUUCCACAUCAAUUCCCAACUUCCAUCAACCCCGUUGACCAAAUUUUAGCUCAUGUGAGAAAAUUAAUCAAAGAGCGAAACCUGGACCCUGUUCCCCUUGCUGAUUACUCUACCCAAAGUUCAAAAUGGUCAAACUUUGAGUUGUACAAUGGAUACUUGUACGGCCUCUCCUCAAUUCGACGCACGGGACCAAUGCUACUCGGGUUUGAAAGCAACACCAUUCACAUGACUGUUCAUUUGGGCGUGAAUAAUUUAAGAGGGACGUAUGAAUGGGGUUGGACAGCCAUGCGAGGGGUAUUAGGACGAAGGGGUCAACUUACAUUUAAUCUUGACUUUGUCAAUGUCGAAAUUCGGCUGCAGCAGUCUGCAAACUUGGACAAAAAGCCAAUCGUCGACUCCGUCAAUGUAACCCUGGGACCAACACAACUUACUUCUGAUGGCAUUGGCGCUGUCGAUUACGUCUUGGAAAUGAUUUUCAAUGUGGUUCCGAACAUGUUCCGGCAACGAAUUGCUGAUGCUGCCGAGUAUCCAUUAAGCCAAGCUUUGGAGGACGAACUCCAAAAAAUCAAUAUUGAGUCCUUCAUUGAUGAAAAUAUGUAACGAGAAAAAGUCGAAUCAACAUCAAAAUUAUUGUUUGUUGUUUCUUUUCGCAUAUUUCAAAUCGAGCAUCUAUAUUCGCAAAUACAUAUUGUUGUCAUACAUAUCUUUAAUUAUAAUUUCCAAAUAAAUAGACUGUCUGUUUAACAAAAUUCA